AUGUGUACAGUACCUGACAUCAUUAUUGUUGGUGUCCUGCAGGCCUCUACCACACUGGAAUAUGGGCGGAUAGUGAUCUACACCACCAGUCUGCGUGUGGUGAGAAACACAUUUGAGAGGUGUGAAAUUGUGAGGAAGAUCUUCCAGAAUCACAGAGUAAAGUUUGAAGAGAAGAAUAUUGCUCUGAAUGGCGAUUAUGGAAAAGAGCUGGAUGACAGAUGUCGCCGGGUAUCGGAACUGCCAUCUCUGCCUGUUGUUUUCAUUGAUGGCCAUUAUCUCGGGGGUGCUGAAAAAAUACUGUCAAUGAAUGAAUCUGGAGAACUUCAAGAUCUCCUAAUGAAGAUUGAGAGAGUUCAGCACCCCCAUGCAUGUGCCUCCUGUGGGGGUUUUGGCUUUGUCCCUUGUCUAGUGUGCCAUGGAAGCAAGAUGUCAGUGUUCCGGAACUGCUUCACGGACUCUUUUAAAGCUUUAAAGUGUACGGCCUGCAAUGAGAAUGGCCUACAGCGCUGUAAAAGGUGUACUGUAUAA